AUGAUCUGGACGAAAUCUACCUGCAGCAGGUACUCGACAGGCUGGCGCGAGAGAAAGAGACCCGCCGCUGUACUCUGUAGGUCAUCUAUAAACACCCAUCACAGCCCUGUUGCGACGACGACGACGACGACGACGACUGACGACGACGACGACAACCAAGGGAAAAAGAGGCAUCGCAGAUUUGCAGGCACCGUCCUGGCAGCAAGAUUGGGGUUAGACUGGCUCGAAGGAAAUGAGCAACCCAAGUUCCGCGCUUGGCCCAAACCGACACAAGCCAAGUCAGGGGCACUCCGAUGA